AUGCAAAGAAAUGCGCAUGAUUCCCCUGUAUAUCUUGUUUUUGGAAACGCUUUAGAAACUGAUAACUUGUAUCGCCUUCGAAGUAUAUUUUUACCGUUGGGAAAAAUUGGCGGUAAACCGUCAUGGCUUAACCCUCAAUGUCUUCCUACAACAGCUGACUUGCAGUGCAGUGUAUGUCAAAAGGCAAUGGCUUUUUUGAUUCAAAUUUACGCAACAGGUGAUAAUGAUCCUCCUCACGCUUUUCAUCGGACCUUAUUCGUCUUCAUCUGUCGUGAUCCAGAGUGCUCCAAGGUAUCCUUUAGCCUUUGA